AUGCGGCUGGGCCCGAGCCCCGCGGCGCUGGCGCCGCUGCUGCUGCUGCUGCUGAGCGCCCCGGGGGCCGGCGCGGGGGACGCGCAGGGCGAGCAUCGCGCCGACUACGACCGGGAGGCGCUGCUGGGCGGCCAGGAAGAAGUGGACGAAUACGUUAAACUCACCCCCGAAGAGCAGCACAAAAGGCUGAAGUCAAUCAUCAAGAAAAUCGACUCGGACUCAGAUGGUUUUCUCACCGAAAGUGAACUCAGUUCAUGGAUUCAGAUGUCUUUUAAACAUUAUGCUAUGCAAGAAGCGAAACAACAGUUUAUUGAAUAUGAUAAAAACAGUGAUGGGAGCGUGUCAUGGGAUGAAUACAACAUUCAGAUGUAUGAUCGUGUGAUUGACUUUGAUGAGAACACCCCUCUGGAUGACGCAGAAGAGGAGUCUUUCAGGCAGCUUCACUUAAAGGACAAGAAGCGAUUUGAAAAAGCUAACCAGGAUUCAUUGCAUGGUUUGAGUCUUGAAGAAUUUAUUGCUUUUGAGCAUCCUGAAGAAGUUGAUUAUAUGACGGAAUUUGUCAUUGAAGAGGCUUUAGAAGAACAUGACAAAAAUGGUGAUGGAUUUGUUAGUUUGGAAGAAUUUCUUGGUGACUACAGGCGGGAUCCAGCAAAUGAAGAUCCAGAGUGGAUACUUGUUGAGAAAGAUAGAUUCCUGAAUGAUUAUGACAAAGAUGCCGAUGGCAGACUCGAUCCUCAAGAGUUGUUAUCUUGGGUAGUGCCCAACAAUCAGGGCAUUGCCCAAGAAGAGGCUCUUCACCUCAUCGAUGAAAUGGAUUUGAAUAGUGACAGAAAGCUCUCUGAAGCAGAGAUUCUGGAGAACCAAGACUUGUUUCUUACCAGUGAAGCCACAGAUUAUGGCCGACAGCUUCAUGAUGAAUAUUUCUAUCAUGAUGAGCUUUAAUCCCUGGGUAUAUCUGAGUAGAGUACUGGCUCCUUUUAUAAUGUGUUACCAGCAUCACUUUUGUGACAAAAUAUUGAUGAGGUUAUUUUCCACUCUGAAGUCUUACCACAGUCAUAUAUCUUAAUGUAGACAGUAAUUUUGGCCUUCUAGGAGGAAAACAAAACCAUGGUAUUUAUUUCAAAAUGUAUUGGAGAAAACAAUGCUGUGCCAUAAGACAAUGGAGUCUUUCUGAAAUACGCCAUCUGUUUAGUAAUCCAUUGUGGAAUAUCUUGAGUUCUGUUUCCACUUGAACAGGUGGACCAUUUUAGAGAUGCCUGAACAACGUUAAAGGAGUAUGUGACUGAGCUAUCACUUUUUCUUUGUUUAAGUAGCAUUAAUUUGGGAACCAAUGGGAGGACAUUGUUUUUAGAUGUAGCGUUUUGUUUUAAAACCUUUAAAGGAACCUAUAGAAGGACUAUACCUCACAUAUAAGUUGAGAAGUUCUGCUUACUUUUAAAAUGGUUUCUAUAAUGGGUUUAUUGUAUGAAAUAGAACUAUAUUUUUGCAUACGUAUAGAUAGUAAUUGUAUUUAAUGUGUAACUAUAGCUGUGCUGUGUGUGGGACUUGACAUUGUCUAGAACUCUGAUCGAAAAUGAAAUGUCCUAUCUUUUUAAAUGUUUGUUUGUUUUUCUUUAAUCUCACUGGUAAACCUUGAAUUUUGCAUAGGUUUUGUUGUAUUAUACAUUAUCCUGCCUCAUCCCUUCCUGUAUUUUGGUAGUGAGUGUUUCAAAACUCUAUUAAAUUAUUCUUGUUCUA